AUGAUUUAUACGAUCGAAAAUGUUUAUAUUCAACCAGUAAAUAAUCAUCAUAUAUUAUUUAAUACCAUAUCACCACAACAAUCUAUUAUUUAUCUACCAACUCCUAUAACAUCAUAUACAUAUACCCAACCAAUACAAACUCAAUAUAUAUAUUCCGUAAAACCGAUUAAUCAACAAACAACUGAAUUAAAAAAAAGUUCACAUGAUUUUUUACAAAAAGAAAGAAUAAAAUCUCCAAUAAAAAGGCCUAUAACACCAUUAACUGCUGAAGAACAAUUAGAUUUAAAUCUUUUACGUUAUGGUUACCGACGACAAUUCGUUAAUGGAGAUGGAAAUUGUUUUUUUACUGCUAUUGCUAGUCAAUUAAUAACAUUAUACAAUCAAGAUCGAUCUUUUCGUAUAGCUAUAAAACAACGUUUAAAUCUUCCGGAGAAUAUAUUUAAUAAUACUACACAAUUAGCACGUACAUUACGUAAAUUAGUUUGUUUAGAAUGGAAAAUAAAUGAUUCAAAAUAUAAACCAUAUAUAAAUGAUGUUAAUUAUUAUGAUGAAAUACGAAAAUUUCGUUCGGAUAAAUUUUAUUCAUCAAUUUUAGGUGAUAUAUUACCAUUAACAAUAAGUAAUUUAAUGGGAAUAAAUAUUAAAAUAAUAACGAAUCUUACUCAAUGUCCAUUAAUUGAUAUAUGUCCACAAGAUGAACCGAAACUAUCAAUGAAAUCUAUACCAAUAUUAACAUUAGCAUAUAAUCAAGAAAAUGAUGGACAUUAUGAUAUUGCUAUAGACAAAAGAGUCAAAGAUUAUUGA